AUGCAUGAAUUGAUUGAAAUAGAUCAAAUCGAAAAAUUAAUCAAUCUAAAAGGUUUGCGGAUAGCACAUCAAUUCGGAUCAUAUAGUAACGAUCCGACAAUUCCCGCAUGUCAGAGGUUAUCAAGGAUCGGUGAUGAAAUCGUUGAACAAUUGGUGGAAUGGACGAAGAUGCUACCGUUCUACCAUGAAUUGCCCGUAGAAGUACACACUCAUUUGCUGACCCAACGAUGGGCUGAGCUGGUAUUGUUGUCAGCUUGCUUUUAUGCUGCUUCAACACGAUUUUCCAGUCAAGAUAGUUUACCGGUCAGUUCGACAACAACCGAUGAUAGCGAAGAAGUAUCUUUCGUUGAUUCGUCUAUAAAUUUACAGUUGCUACAAAGACGAUUGUGUGCUGUCAUGGGAAAACACAUACCACUCGAGCAUGUCAACAAGGAGGCCUCACCUUUGGUCGAAAAAUUCACAGCGUUAUUGCAUUCAUUUAGCCGGUUAAAAAUUACCUUAGAAGCAUAUGUUUGCUUAAAAGCUAUCACUCUACUACACUACACACCUCAUACUUGUGAUGAAGCGGCUAUUGAUGUGAAAGAAUCAAUGGUGCGGAGUGUUUAUGUCCGGAAAGUGUCAAUAAUACAGGAUCAGUUUGUGAAAGCAUUACAAAUACAUCUUAGCCAGCAUGAAAAUGGCGCACGGCUAACUGAUAUUCUGACAUGGCUACCAAUGCUACACUCUGCAUCAUCGGUAUUGUUGCACAGCAAAAUGUUCUACGUCCCUUUCUUGAUUUGCAAAAAUCCACAACGAAUCAAUGGUGGUAAUCGUGGCGCAGAAGUGCGAACAGCAUUAUCACCGUUAUCGUAUCGUCCUUCUGCCACUGUUACUGAUGAUGAGGAAGAAUUGAAUGCGACAAGCAGCUGUUAA